GGGUUGACCGAGCGUGAGGAAAUGACAGCAGCAGUUCGCAGCCAGCGCGACAGAAGCAACGACCCUGCCCAAGUGGCCAAAGUGGCUGAAGUGCCCAUCACCAACAACCACCAACGCCAUCACGAGUACCACCAAUACUGCGGCAGCAUCAUCAGCUGAAUACGAGGAACACGGUAAUCGGUGAGCGGUUCUACGCCGUCGUACAAUGCUGUACGAGUGCUUGAUAGUAUGAAAAAAAUGGACUUUGUGAAAGCUGUAGUUGUAUGCCGUCUCCCGCCCACUAUACCGAGGUGUUUGAAUCCGAAUCAGCUCAGCUGGUUAGCCUGCUAAGUUUGUGCGUGUAUAGCGUGUGAAGGAAGUAGUAGCUAGUAAAGGAUUGAGAAAGCCGGUGUCACGCGUGCGAAGCAACAAGGACCGUACUAAGGUCCAAAAGAGAUCCGACAGGUUGCCUGUAGGGAAGUCAUUUCUACUUCUGAUCUGUGAUGAGUUUAUAAUCAAGUCUAUAGUACACUGAGGCAGACGAGUCGUUGUCGUUGGUGGCAUACUGGUGACAGCGCCAACGGGAAAUUUGCCUUGUUAUUAUUGUAAUUUUCGACGUUGUUGUUUUUAUUUUCUCUGAGUUAAUCAGAUUGUCAUUGGUCACUCUUCGUUUGGUUAUUGCCUUCGGCGGAUAUUGGAUGCUAUCAACACGAGUAGAAGAUACGACGGACGGACGGACGGACGGGCGGGCGGAUUAACUUACUCUACUUCCUUUUAAUCAAAGCCUGUACGGGAUUUACAUGUAGAGUGAACGUGGAUGACAAUCGUGAGGGAUACUGUUAUGUACUGAGUGACUGGGAGAUACUAGGAUCGUGUUCUCAGCAGCGCGAUCUGAGGCUGUACUAUACAGCUGUGCACAAGUGAAUGUAGCGGGAGACGUGGUGAGGUGAGGCUUGACAAAAAUCGAUGGAGAAUGAACAGGCGAAACGAAUAACCUAAACAGACUUUACAGUGGUGAACACACGAUAUUACUCUACGACAGUAAACAGACGUAAUCAGAAGCUCCCUGCCAAAGUGUCUUGGCCACCAUGGCCGGUCCGGAUCUCAAAUGUCUCCGAUGUAGGACGACGGUCUACCCCGUGGACAAAGUUGGUCCCCUCAAAGACUUUACCUUUUUCCACCAAGGUUGUUUCAAAUGCAAAAUAUGUGGGACAAAGCUGACCCUCAAGACCUAUUUUAACAAUCUACAGAAUCAGGAUGAUCAAGAGGUUUACUGUCAGAACCACGCGCCGAAACAGGGUCCAGGCACUCUCGACGGCACUGCUGUGGGCAUCAAAGCAGCAAUGUCCGUUCCGAAAACGCAUAACCUGAUUAACGAGCAGAUCCGGGGCCUCGGCCACUCUGGCACUCUCGAUCCCACAGAUUCGUUUAAACGCGGAGGAAAUGGGCACAUAGGUGAUUUUAAACAUGGCGUCAAAAAUCAUGGUCGGUUCGACGCUUCGGCGUUACACAUCACGCACGCACUACAAGCCGCGCGUCUUGCUUCCUCCAAAUACUACAACGAGAAUGCACGCCAUCUAGGAGUCAGUGUGCGGCAUCAGCAGAGUCUGAAGAAUACCUGCACCAGCGUCAAAGGCCAGUACACUAUCAGCUAUGGUUAUCUUCUGCACGAAGCAGCCGGUAACCGGCAGAAAAAAUACUAG